ACAACAUCCAAUUCGCUAUGAACGCUCCCCUCUCUGAUUUUCAGUGUAUGAUAAAAGGACUAAAGGAGACUCAUUUCACCUUACAGUUUAUAUCAAUUAUAAGUCGCGUUCACAACUACAUAUAACCACAAAUAUCACAAAUAGGCAAUCAGCAGUAGCGAUCUUUUUCAUGCAACAAGAAAAACCUGGUACUUCCACGCUGCUGGAUGGAAUUGGAAGCAGUGAGAAUGAUAAUACUGUCAUUGUAAUCGAAUCAUCCGGGUUAAAUUUAACCACCAACUUCGACCACACUCUUGAAGAUUCGAUUAAGAAUGUUAAAAGUGGAACAGACGCAAUGAAAGGGAUAAUGUGUAGGUAUCCCAAUGCGUCAAGGACUACAAUGGAGAAAGUACACGUGUAUUCCAUACACGUUAUACAAAAAUCCAUAACUUUGGUCAGGUAUUCGCUAAAGAAUGAAAAAUCUUGGAAAGCUGUUGAAUGUGGUUCCGUCACAUUGCCGCUGGUUUACAAAGACAGAAAACAGCUCAUUCAGGUGUAUGAUCUUUUUGCGUUGUUAUAUGCUGACCUUGAAGAACAACGAACAGUUUUUAGAACACUUGAAGAUGAACAGUUGGGGCUCCUCAAAGUUGAGGAGAAAGAUAUGAUAUGCUCCUGUACUUCAUUAUAAAUAAAUGUUGUAACUAUAACCUUACUCUUAAA